UUCGAAAAGUCCCUUUAUGACCUCAUCAAAGGCCUUCGAAGCCACAAGGGGGCCGAAGAUGAGUACGUACAAAGUUGUCUCCGCGAGUGCAAAGCGGAGAUCAAAUCACAAGAUAUGGACAAGAAGGCCACAGCUCUAUUGAAGUUGAUAUAUCUGGAGAUGUUCGGCUACGAUAUGUCUUGGGCCUCCUUCCACGUCUUGGAAGUGAUGUCGUCUGCCAAGUACCUCCAGAAAAGAGUGGGAUAUUUAGGUGCGGUACAGAGCUUUCGUCCUGACACGGAGGUGCUCAUGCUAGCGACGAACAUGCUGAAGAAGGACAUCGUAUCACACGGUAUUCCCUCAUUGUCACUUCCGCUGGUCUCUUUGCCGCAUAUCAUCACACCGUCACUGGCCAUGUCGCUGCUGCCCGAUGUUCUUUCCCGACUUUCCCAUUCCAGUCCCACGGUCCGAAAGAAAUCGAUCGUAUGCAUUUACCGCUUUGCCCUAGUAUACCCAGAAGCGCUCAGAUUGGGAUGGCCCAAAAUUCAGGAAAGGUUGAUGGAUGAACACGAAGACAGUAGUGUCACCACUGCAGCUAUUAAUGUUGUUUGUGAAUUGGGGUGGCGACGCCCUACCGAUUUCCUCCCAUUAGCACCGAGAUUCUUCGAGCUUCUCGUCGACAGCGGCAACAACUGGAUGGCCAUCAAGAUCAUAAAACUUUUUGCGACAUUGACACCCGUGGAACCGAGGUUGACGCGCAAGCUAUUGCGCCCAUUGGUCAAUAUCAUACAGACUACGACAGCAAUGUCUUUGCUCUACGAGUGCAUCAAUGGCAUCAUUCAAGGCGGCAUUCUAGACGGCGAGGAUAAUCUACAAGAAAGAGACGAGGUCGCUAGCCUUUGCGUUGGCAAGCUCCGAGGAAUGAUUGCCAUGGAUUCGGAUCCGAACUUGAAAUAUGUUGCAUUGUUGGCCUUGAAUCGGAUCGUCGCGACUCACUCUUCACUGGUCGAGGUGCAGCAGGAUGUGAUCAUGGACUGUUUGGAUGAUCCAGAUAUCUCUAUUCGUCUGCAAGCCCUGGAGCUCGCCGCCGGGAUGGUGUCUAGUGAAACUCUGCACGAAGUGGUAGACCGUCUCCUGAAUCAGCUUCGCUUGGCUACACGAACACUCCCGGCUACUGCUGACGCCGGGACCACCGUGUACCCUGAAGGGGAAGACGGAGAGGAAGAAGGCGAGGGAUCUCAUCCAGCCGCGAACCCUGCAGUCGUUAUACCAAAUGACUACCGUAACGAGAUCGUACAUCGGGUACUUGACAUGUGUUCCCAGAACAACUACUCGGAGAUUGUGGAUUUCGAGUGGUAUGUCAGUGUCUUGGUUCAACUCAUUCGACUAUUACCACCUUCGGAGGCGGAGGAUGCCUGGUAUAACACAGCUUCGGGCCACGAAGCAAGUGCGAAAUCUAAAUUGAGCACCGCUUUCCGAAUCGGAUCUGAAAUUCGAAACGUUGCGGUACGUGUUAGAGGAGUGCGACCAGAGGCAACACGCGCCGCCGAAUCCCUUUUAAUCAUCGACAACCGGUCAGCCUUCUUCCCCCUAGGCUCUAACGCUGGCGAUGAUGUGCUGGGUCCCGUUUCAUGGGUUGUUGGUGAAUAUGCGACUGAGUUGGCCUCUCCGAGUCGAACCCUACAGUCGAUGAUCGACCCAUCGAACGUGAAUCUCCCGGCGUCAACGCUCCAACUCUUCCUGCAAGCCAUCCCCAAAGUCUUUGUACAGGUGAACAGAGAUGCUUAUCAAGCAAACUCGUGGAAAACCCAGACCACUCUUCUGCUUGCGCGGAUUGUGGAGUUCCUUGAGGCCCUGGCAGCUCAUCCAGAUCUUGAUGUGCAAGAACGAGCAAUUGAAUUCCUGGAAGUCCUUCGCCUGAGCGCCGAAGCACUGCGUUCUGAUGUCGAGGAAAUGCCUUCGCUACUGGCCACUGUCCUUCCCAGUCUUUUCGAAGGCUUGGAACUCAACCCCGUCGCUCCCACUGCCCAGAAGAAGGUAGCAUUGCCUGCGACUUUGCUUCUAGAUGAACCAAUCAAUGAUGAUCUUCCAAAUUUGUUCCAAAGCGCUGGCACUGCAUUCUUUGAAACCGAUCAGCGCGGUACUUUGCAAAACUUCUACCACGUCCCCGAUCUGACCUCUGUCCCUACCAAGGCUGCCUCGGCCAUAUCUUCUCUGGAAAUGUACACUGAACCAUCAUAUCAGAACACUUUGAGAGGCUCUGCGGGAUCUCCCGCCGCCACUGAGAGGCGCAGGAAUGAACGCAGUGAGCGUUAUAAAGAUGAUCCAUUCUACAUUGCGUCCAUGGGCGGACGCUCCGAUUUGUCGACGUCACCCCUUGCGGAUGGGAACGCGCUGGAUGUUGACUCCAUCCCAAUUAUCGACUUACAAUUAGACCCUCUACAACCCGAUCGUGCCACGCGUGGAUCAACAGGCACACGUCGGAGCCGACGAAAGAAGUUGGAGGUUGCGGCGGACGAGACCUUCGGCGCUAGCGAGACCUCCCCUUUGACAACCCUACAGAGUCCGCAUCUCUUCCCCCGAGCGCCAGACGAUCGCUUCUCACGGUGGACUCCAGCGGUCUUGGCAGGCGACGAUGGGGACCUGGAAAUGAAAAAGGCGAUGCGAGAAGUUGAGCAAGUGCGGUUGCGUAUGCAACGAGCAUCAGAACGCAUUGAAGUCGAAGGGAUACCCAGCGAGGGGAUGCUCGUCAAGAAGAAGAAAACGAAGAAAAAAGUGGCGUCUACUGAUGAUGCCCAACCGACUGAGGUGAAAAAGAAAAAGUCCCGACAAUCCAAGGAGAAGAAAGACAAGUCUCUCAAACCCGAGGGGGGUAACGGGAUUGAGACCGAAAAGACAGGAGAGGAAAUGCCUAGGUGA